UGCGAUCUCUUAGUAAGGAUCCCAUCCUGCAAAGUCGCGAUCUCGUGCCGUCAGUAGCAGCAGCCUACCGAAAGUCGUAGGGGAUAUUCGAUUCCUCUGUUCUUCGUUACUCAACCAACACCAACAAUGCCAGGACUUUCGGAUCCAGUUGCCUUCCUUAAGGAUUUUGCCGCCGGUGGCAUCUCGGCCGCAAUCUCCAAAACGGCCGUCGCCCCAAUUGAGCGCGUCAAGCUGCUGCUACAGGUUCAGCACAUCUCGAAGCAGAUCGCUGAAGCCGACCGUUACAAGGGCAUGGUCGAUUGUUUCGUGCGUAUCCCGCGCGAGCAGGGUUUCUCCGCCUUCUGGCGCGGUAAUCUGGCCAACGUGAUCCGUUACUUCCCGACGCAGGCGCUCAACUUCGCCUUCAAGGACAAGUACAAGCAGGUGUUCCUCGGCGGUGUGGACAAGAACACCCAAUUCAUGCGCUACUUCGUCGGUAACCUGGCCUCCGGCGGUAUGGCCGGUGCCACCUCGCUGUGCUUCGUCUACCCGCUCGACUUCGCCCGUACCCGCUUGGCCGCUGAUGUCGGCAAGGGCUCGGAAGCGCGCGAGUUCAAGGGUCUGGGCGAUUGUCUCUCGAAGAUCUUCAAGACUGACGGUUUGACCGGCCUGUACCGAGGUUUCGGUGUAUCCGUCCAGGGUAUCAUUAUCUACCGUGCUGCCUACUUCGGCUUUUACGAUACCGCUCGCGGUAUGCUGCCGAACCCCAAGACCACGCCAUUCUACAUCAGCUGGGCCAUCGCUCAGGUGGUGACCACCGUCGCCGGUAUCGUGUCCUAUCCCUUCGAUACCGUCCGUCGUCGCAUGAUGAUGCAGUCCGGCCGUGCCAAGUCCGAGAUCGUCUACAAGAGCACGCUGCAUUGCUGGGCGACCAUUGCCAAGCAGGAGGGCUCCGGGGCCUUCUUCAAGGGUGCCUUCUCGAACGUGCUGCGCGGUACUGGUGGUGCAUUCGUGCUGGUGUUGUACGAUGAAAUCAAGAAGCUCCUGUAAUUCCUUACCUUCCUCUCCAACAUCUUCCAACUAUCCCCAAACCCGGCCCACCUGCAUUCCUCCCUUGGUCCAAACCUUCCCCUUCCUUUCCAAGCCUUUCCAAUCCUAGUGUCAUUCCUACCAUACUUUCCAAGCACCCGCACUCUGCACCGUGGAGCGUCCUACUCCGGAUUCCGCCUACAGAACGACUCGGAAUUCGGUGUCCGAACCAUGAUUUAUUUUUUGUAACGAUGCUCGAUGAACGCUGGAGUCGAUCAAGUAUCUUCCCACCAACCGACAAGUAAAGUGUUUUAUCGGGCCCUAGUGCCAUGGCGACCGUAUGUUAAUGUAUUUAAUUGCGUUCGCAACGAACCGCGGAUCACCGCACCAGAUGUUGUGCGCUGUUGGGCUGCAUCGGAACCACGUGUCAUUCGUAUACAUGACGGUCGACGAAAGACAGUACACGAACAGAACGCAGUUUCCGUGCAGACGGCACACGCAUUCAAACACCAUCUCAUCCUUCGUUGACCCACGAGUACCAAUCACGAUCAUGAUGCUUUUUUCGUGAUCACCAGCAUGUAGAUAGGAUGAGUUUGAUAAACUCAACAUUAGAAGUUAAAGUGACAGACGUUUGGAGCGUACGCGUGCGCAACUGCGCAGGAAGUAAAGUAUUGACAAAGAAAAUAAAUCAAAAAACACAUCAUAAAAUGACCUGAAUUGGACGAGACGAC